AUCUGGGCAGGGGGGAUGGCCCCCCCUGGCCAAAGAAGGAGACGUCAGGGCAGGAAUGCAGCCGAGGGCAUGAACAGACCUGGCGUCUCCCCUCCAGAGAUAUAAAUUUGAGUGGGAUGAGGGGCCUGUGGCUUUUUCCACUACAGCGGAGCUGCACUGGUUCUGUCUACGAUGUCAAAAGCUGCACCCAAGAAACCACCAGCAGCAGCAGCGGCCCCUCCCCCAGCAGGAUUCUCCCUGGACAUUAAUGACCCUCAGGUGCAGAAUGCUGCCAUCCGCAUCCAGGCAUCCUAUCGUGGGCACAGGUCUCGCAAGGAGCUGAAAGAGAAAGGCCCCCCACGGGUGCUGCAGAACCUCACAGAUGUGAUGUUGAUUGAGGGGAGUGCAGCCAAGCUGGAAUGCCGCAUCAGUGCCUUCCCUGACCCCUUCAUCCGCUGGUCCAAAGAUGGUGUGGAACUCAAGGAUGGGCCCAAGUACCGCUAUGUCUUUGAGGACCCAGACAUUGUAGCAUUGGUGGUGCGUGAUGCUGGUCUUCCCGACCUGGGCAAGUACACCAUCUCCGUGAAGAACCCCUUUGGAGAGUGCUUUGACUCAGCACGUCUCCUCGUGGAAGUGCCUGCCAAGAUUGAGAAGGGCCCAGGCAGCACAAAGGCCAGGAAAGGCACGACAGUCAACUUGACAGCCCACAUCAGUGGGGAGCCAGCACCUGAUGUUGGCUGGGCCAAGGAUGGUGAGGAUAUUGAUGAGGACGAUCGUGUGUACUUUAACAUUGGCAGUGACUCAACAACUCUCACCAUCAAGAAGGUGACGCCGGCUGAUGCUGGGAAGUACGAGGUCUUUGUAGAGAACAGCCUGGGCAUGGACCAGUCCUUUGCACGCCUUGAUGUGGUCUGAGCUCCUGCCUUCCAACUGUACGGUCCCUCCCUCACACAAAAACAAACUCUCCAUCAUGGCCAAGGAUGGUCCAGGGCAUUGCCCUGGAGAGAAUAGCUGGGAAAAGCAAAUUAAACUUCCAGUGGUGCUAUGGGGGUAUCUUGUCCCCCUAAAAUGCAAUCAAGGGCCCUGCUGUUUUUCUCAUUGCACCUUUGGCUCUCUCACCAAUGUAAUUCUGCCACACCACACCUUCCCUGGCAGGAAUUCCCCACCCUCCCCAGGACUGAAUCCACUUCUGGGGCAGGCCUAUCACCUUGCAGGCUAAUAGCUUUGAGACCAGCAGUCCUGAAAGGCCUCAGCCUACUCUAGGGGCACAGAAGAGGCUCCAAGGGCCAUAAUUGCAAGCACGCUUUCCCCAGCACCUCAGAGAUUGUGAAACAUCCCAGAAGCCUCCAGAUUCUUACUGAUCUCUUUUCUUGCCAUAUGAACUAAAUAAAACCAGUUGAUUGUACAAA